AUGCAAACAGCCGAUCAAUUGUUUGCUUUCUUCCUUGCUUCCUUGCUUCCCUUGGUUACUCGAUUCCUUAUUAAUAUUGAUUGUAAGGUUGAAGAUCUCGUCUUUGCUUCUUCCAUCGUGUUGGUACCGACCGAUGCCACAAGGAUCGACAUCGAGAAGCCACAAGGAGAGAUUACCUACGUAAUCAGCACCGACAAUGAAAUGCUAAAAGAUCAUCAUCAUAGCUCUUGUAUCUUUCUUGCGUACUCCGCCGUCUUUGUCAUAUCAUGA